CAUAGAGGCGUGAAGAUGGAAGAAAAUGAGCUGCGUAUGGCAACAGCGGCGACUGCUGCUCAACCCGUAAACUUUGGUUUACUUGUAUUUGAAGGUUUGAGUGAGGUUGAACUGGAUGAGUCAUGGCUGGAUAAUCUUCAUGCUGACCAGGAAGUUACCAGUGAGGUUGAGGAUGAUGAUGAUCAUGAUGAUGAUGAUGAUCUGGAUGAUUAUUCUGACCACACUAACACAGCCCCAGGUUCUUCGGCAGACCUGGAGACCAUAGACAACAUCACAGCGUACCUGGCAGCCUCGGCAGCACCCUCCACGAAGCCCCCUCACUCACCCUCAACAUCAGCAAUAACACACAAGUCACAACAGAAAUCCUCAACUCUUUUCUCCAAGCAAUCUACAUCCAGGGUACCAUCCUUCACAGGUCAGAAGAAAGUCUGUGGAGGCAGUGAGCAAGUUGACCCACUGAGCCAUUUAGCAAGUGGUACUGCAGAUGGCACCAAAGAUGUCACCAAGACACAAAACAAGGUUAACAUCAAGAAGGAACAUGGUGUGAAUGAUACACAAGGGGAGAGUUCCUUUAUGACACCUGCCUUCACUGAUGCUGCCUUCCACCAGCACGACGAACAUGAGGCCAAGUGUGAAAUAUUGGCCACCAAGCGCAAGAUCUUCCACAAGGAGCCACUGGUGACCCACGAAAUAAGCAGCACGGACGGUGCCAAUAAAGUAACCACAAGUGUCACGCAUGAGGAAGAUGUCACCCAGGUGAUAGUGUUGACACAGAGAGAUGCACAUAAUGGCACCUCCACUACCUCUGCCUCCAACACCUUGAAAGCCUCCACUCCCACACUUAAACUGAGUCGUGGGUCCCACUCCAGCACUCCCACCCCACGAAAAAUAGUAAGUAUUGAUACUCUUGUUCAUUAUGUGUGUACCAAGAACACUAGAACAUAUAUAUCAAUAUCCUAUUUAACCUGAUUAUAAGAACAUGAU